AGAAAUCCAAAAACAGGACUGCGCAAGAGAUAUAAGGUGGAUGGGCAGGAUAUGGAGGUAACUUUCUUUCAAGCUUAUAUUGAUGGCAUGGAUUUUGUGUUCAUGGACAACCCUAUGCUUCGCAAUAUUGAGAAAAAUAUAUAUGGGGGAGGCCGAGAGGAUAUUUUAAAACGCAUGGUUCUCUUCUGUAAGGCUACUCUUGAGGUUCUCUUCUGUAAGUAUACCUGGUGCGUUCUUGUGAUCCACAACAUAGCACACCAGGGUCGUGGUCCAGUAAGCGAUUUUCGUUAUGUGGAUCUUCCACAAAACUACAUAGAUCAUUUCAAACUACAUGACCCAGGAGGAGGGGAACACUUCAAUAUCCUUGCAGCUGGCCUGAAAGCAGAAGAUCGUGUAGUCACUGUAAGCCAUGGUUACGCCUGGGAGCUGAAAACUAAAGAAGGUGGUUGGGGUCUACAUCAAAUAAUAAAUGAGUGUGAUUGGAAGCUGAAGGGCAUCGUGAAUGGGAUUGAUGCAAAAGAAUGGAAAGUAGCUCUACAAAGGGAGACUCUUCAGACUGAAAACUAA